GCUCAAUUUCGUUUUCUUUUGCGGGUAUCCUUUAUUUUCUCAAUCUCUCAAUCUCUCCAUCUCUCCCUCCCUGUCUCUCCCUCUCCCUCUCUCGCUCUCGCAGCCGUUGAAGAUCUCUGUCACGUUUGUUUCUUCAUUCCCUACCUAUUCGCCGUCGUGUCGCCUUCCACAAAUAUACCAACCCAAAACGUCAUGGCGCCUACAAUUGACGUGACGUGUUUUUUUUUCCCCAUCUUCACUUUGCGUUGUUGUAUGAUCGGGUGGUUCAGGUGUGAUGCGAUCAUGUGCUCAUGUGCUCAUGUUCAUGCUUCAAGCUUUUUUCGUGUAUCUGUGUGUGUGUGUUGGGGGGCUUCCGUUUUGCUGUCAUCUCUUUUUUUUCCUUUUUUUCGGGGCUUGUUUCGUUUCGUUCGUUCCGCUUUGUUUUCCUUUUCUUUUCUUUUCUUUACGAAGGUACCGGGAAUUCUGGUCCAGCUACUUUUUUCCCCCUACGAUGUGUGCUGUGGUGAGAUCGGGCGGAGGGGUGGAGGGGGAGGUUGGAGGGGGGGAGGUUGAUUUCUGCUGCUCUUCUGCUUCUGCUCUUCUGCUCGCA